GUAAAGAAGACAAUGAAAAGAAAGAAAAAGACGAUGAAGAGAAAGAAAAAAACAAUGAAGAGAAAGAAGAUGAUAAUGAAGAGAAAGAUGAUAAAGAGGAAGAAGAUAUUAAAGAAGAUGGUAAAGAAGAAGAUAAUAUAAGCGUCAUUUUUACAAAAGGUUGUCAGAGACAUAAAGGGGAAUUGUAG